AUGGCAAACACCUUCGUGGGGUUUGAAGAAAGGGCUGUUGACGCGUUCCGGGAAGGUAAAUGCAUCCCCAACGGUCCAACUCCGCCUAUUUAUUUCAUCGGACCUUUGAUCGCCGGUGGCAAUCAUGUGGAUCCUAGCGAAAACGAGUGCUUAAAAUGGUUGAAUUCACAACCGAGUAAAAGUGUAGUGUUUUUAUGCUUUGGGAGUCAGGGUGUGUUGAAGAAGGAGCAGUUGAAGGAAAUAGCUAUUGGUUUACAGAAAAGUGAGCAAGGAUUCUUGUGGAUGGUUCAAGAUCCGCCACCAGAUGACAAAAAAACCGACUCGAAUUCCGGUGGUGGUAAAGAAGUUGGUCUGGAUGCGAUUCUUCCUGACGGGUUUAAGGGUAGGAUUGGGGAUAAGGGGAUGGUGGUGAAGAAUUGGGCACCACAGCCGGCGAUACUUAGUCAUGAGUCAGUGGGUGGAUUUGUGAGUCAUUGUAGGUGGAACUCGGUGCUUGAAGCGGUGGUAGCUGGGGUGCCACUGGUGGCAUGGCCAUUGUAUGCGGAACAGAAGAUGAAUCGAGUGUAUUUGGUUUAG